AUGGGUUCUCUCGCUGCAGUAGAAUCAGCCAGGCUCGGUGCCUCUUACCCGUCUCUGGCCAACCAGGACAAGGAACCGCCACGGAGAAGCCCGGAGAAAACGAGCGGGUUCGGCGCUCGUUCAUGUAUCUGUGAUCUCAUUGCCCAGAGGCACGUCCCAAGCGCUGGCCAGGUCGGUGCCGGUCUGCGAGCUGUGGUGCUGAUCGAGGGUUAG